CGCGAGAACAGAGAGCGGGAUUUGAGAACGCAGGACUUUUCAUUCAUCUUUUCGAGCCCCCCACUAGCAGGUUAGAGGAUGGCCACUCCGGAGGUACGGCUAAACCAUACGAUCUACAUCAACAACUUGAAUGAGAAAAUCAAGAAAGAUGAGUUGAAAAAGUCGCUGUACGCCAUCUUCUCACAGUUUGGACAAAUUUUGGACAUCUUGGUGGCACGAAACCUGAAGAUGAAGGGUCAGGCCUUUGUUAUCUUCAAAGAGGUUAACAGCGCCUCCAAUGCUCUGAGAUCCAUGCAGGGAUUCCCGUUUUAUGACAAACCAAUGCGGAUCCAGUAUGCCAAGCAGGACUCAGACAUCAUAGCUAAAAUGAAGGGGACCUAUGUGGAGCGUGACCGUAAAAAGGAGAAAAAGAAGCCCAAAGGAACUGAAGGAGGGGGAGCUAAGAAAGGUGUACCAGGAGGUGCUGCACCCAUGGUUGCUGGGGUGCCUGCUGCCAUGCCGGGAAUGCCUCCCAUGAGUCAAGCACCCCGCAUGAUGCACAUGCCAGGCCAGCCACCUUACAUGCCCCCUCCAGGUAUGAUGCCUCCUCCGGGGAUGGCACCCGGUCAGAUUCCCCCUGGUGCCAUACCUCCUGGUCAGAUGAUGCCCGGACAGAUGCCUGGACAAAUGCCGCAGCAGGUUGCAGAAAAUCCACCCAAUCACAUCCUUUUCCUCACCAACCUGCCAGAGGAGACAAACGAGCUCAUGCUCUCCAUGCUCUUCAACCAGUUCCCGGGUUUCAAAGAGGUCCGUCUGGUCCCUGGUCGCCACGACAUCGCUUUCGUGGAGUUUGAAAAUGAGGUGCAGGCUGGUGCUGCACGUGAUGCCCUACAAGGUUUUAAGAUCACACAAACAAAUGCUAUGAAGAUCUCUUUUGCUAAGAAAUAACACCUCUCAGGACCAGUUGUUUUUCGUGCUGGCACACAGGUUUUUUAUUGUACAGGAGUGACCAGAAUAAGAAAACUUUUUUUUAAAUUGCUGCUUGCUGAUUUGUGAUCAGUAGUAAGUUCCCUUCUUCCAGGAUUACAUGUAAGUAUGCAAAAUUUCUGAAAUUUUAAGUUUUAGGUCCUGUAAAACUUCAUAAAUUGUAAGUUUUCUCUUUUGGCUUUUCACUCUAAUCCACAAGCAACUUGAUACGUCUUCUGUUUUUUUUUUUUUGUUGUUGUUUUAACUGUUGUCACAAAGCAUUGCACCCAGGGUCUGGUCUACCAGACAUUGUACCUGGAGCUUUUUUCUUUUUGUAAUUAAAGUUUUUAUUUGAUACA